AUGAGAGCUGUCCUGGUCAUUGUUGAGACCAAGGACGAACCAAGACAAUGCAGGAAGCAACACUUUACAGUUGUCACCCAAUGGGCAGAGCCUCUACCAGCCCCAUCUGUCUCCAAUCUCCAAGACAAAGCAGGGACACUGAGUCCACAGCCUCAGCACAAGCCACUGGCGUCCAGGGAGAGCCUUCUGCAACAGCAUGACAAGGACAAGAUGGUGCCUCGUCAUAUCCCACACCUGCGGGCUGUGGUUGAGAGCCAGGCCUUCAAGAAUGUCCUGGUGGAUGAGAUGGACAUGAUGCUCUCCUGUGCAGCCACCCUCAUCCAAGCCAACUGGAGGGGCUACCGGCUCCGGCAAAAGCUGAUCUCCCAGAUGACGGCAGCAAAGGCCAUCCAGGAGGCCUGGCGACGCUUCAACACCAGUCGUCUCCUCCGGUCUGGCAAGUUGGUGGGAAAAAAAGUGAGCACGGAGGAGGGCGACAUCCCUUACCACACCCCCCAGCAGGUGCGGUUCCAGCAUCCAGGAGAGGGCAAGCCCCCUGCGGCCCCGCCUGUCAUGGUGAGCAAAGAGACCCAGUUCCCUUCCUCCGACACCCUGGCCGCCUGCACCCACCAGCUGGCCCUCCUGCAGGCCCAGCGUGCUCCACCUUGCACCACUGGGGACCCUGGCAUCACCUUCCUGCCACACCAGACCGUUGCCGUGAGACUUCCAUGUCCGGCGAGUCUAGAUGCAAAGUGCCACCCGUGCCUGGGGACGAGAACUGUCAGAAAUGCCUGUCUUGUCCACAUCGAAGGGGACACGGUGAAGACCAAGCAAGUAACUACCAGAGCCAGCAAGGCAGGAGCCCCAGGGCCGCUCCCAUGUGGAAGGUGUGCCCAGGCAGUUCACAGAUCACUCAAGACCCAAGCCCAGACCCACGUGGAAACAGAGGUCCUCAAAGCCCCACUCCAGACAGGCCCAGCAUUUGUGAUAAACAAGACCCCACCCCAGAUGUAUCCAGUGACCGCAAUGACCAAGACCCCACCCCAGCCAUGCCUCGUGCCCACAGUAACAAUAGCCAAGACCCCACCCCAGGUAUACCCAGCGGCCCGGAUGACCAAGACCCCAACCCAGAUGUACCCAGCGGCUGCCAUAACCAAGACCCCACCCCAGACAUACCCUGCAGUCGCGAUGACCAAGACUGCACUCCAGUCAUGCCUGGCAGCCAUGAUGAACAAGACCCCACCCCAGCCAUGCCCAGCGCCCAUGGUAGCAAUAACCAAGGCCCUGCCCCAGACGUACCAGGUAGCCCCAAUGGCCAGGAGCCCACCCCAGACAUGCCCGGUGGCUGCAAUGACCAAGACUUCACCCCAGACAUCCCAGCCAGCCACUGUGACCAAGAACCCACUUCAGUCAUGCCUGGCGGCCCUGGUGAAUAAGACCCAACCGCAGCCAUGCCCAGCAGCCCCGAUAUCCAAGACCCCAACCCAAAUGCGCCCAACAGCCUCAAUGACCGACACUUCUCCCCAGACGCGACCGGCAGCCAUGAUGGCCAAGAUCUCACCGCAGAUAUGCCUUUUGGCCUCGAUGAUUAAGCCCCCAACCCAGACACAGCCUGUGGCCACAAUGACCAAGGCUCCACCCCAAAUGUGCCCAGUGCCCACCAUGACCAAGACUCCAACCCAGAUGCGCCCGGCAGCCCCGAUGACCAAGACCCCGCCACAGACGUGUCCGGUAGCUGCCAUGGCCAAAACUCCAUCUCAGAUGCUCCCCGGGGCCUCAGUGACCAAGACCCCUCCCCAGACGCGUCUGGCAGCCAUGGUCACCAAAACCCCAGCCCAAUUUCGCUCAAUGGCUGCCAUUCUCAGGAGCCUAUGCCUGCCACCUUCAGCAGGUGGAAAUCUGAAGUCUUCACCUCCAGUAGCUGUGGCAGCUGGAAUUCCCAACGCCUCAUCCCACACGUGUCUGAACGGACCGAAGGCCAAGGCUGUGGUGAACACAAAGCAGACAGCAGGGAGGGUCAGGGUCUCUUCUCACUCAUACUUGGCUGAGGGAAAGGUCAAAUACUUUAACUCACCACAUCUGGGAGCUGGGGCCCCCAAGGCUCCAGCCAAGCCUCCUUUGGAAGCUGAAAAAAUGAAGGUCUUUGCCCAGAAGCAGGUGAAAACGGAAACGGUGUCUAGUACCGGUGUGGCCAUUGAAAUGCCCGGGGCUUCACCCUGGGGGAAAAUGGCUGAGGACAGGAACAAGUCCUCAUUACAGACACACCUGAGGGCAGAUGUGAAGGUUCAGUCCCAGGCAUAUGUGCCUGUAGAAACAGCCAUGGUCCUGCCCCAGGCCCAGCUGGCCACAUGUCCGGCCAAGGCCCUGCCCCAGACACAUCUGGAUACAUGUCUGGCCAAGGCCCUGCCCCAAGAACGGCUGGCCACCUGUUCGACCACAGCCUUGUCCCAGGGACAGCUGCUUGCCGAACUGACUGCGGUUCUGCCCCAGGCCCAUCUGGGCACAUGUCUGUCUAAGACCGUGCCCCAGGCACAUCCACACACCAAGCUGACCACAACUCAGGCUCAGACACAUCUGGGCACGUGUCUGUCCAAGGCCCUGUCCCAGGCACAUCCACCUGCCAAGCUGACCAAGGCCCCGUCCUUCGCACAUCUGGGCACAUGUCUGACCAAGGCACAGUCCCAAGCGCAUCUGGCCACAGGAGUGAUAAAGGUCCAGUCUCAAGCACAUCUGCCCACCGGGCUGACCAAGGUGCAGUCCCAGGCCCAGCUGGUCACAGAAACUGCCAAGUGCCUCUACACGGCCCAUCAAGCUGCUGAGCUCAGCGGCAAGACCCAGUCGCAGCCACUCCUGGCCGGGUUCAAGGCCUCCACCCAGCCCUGCCAGCACGUUGGUGCCCUUGGCACUCUGCCCCGAGCCAAGCCAGAGGACAGACUGACUCAGAUCCAGCCCCACAGUUAUGUGCAGGGUAAAGCCACCCACGGCCCACGCCAGGGGGCCUCCGAGACCCAGAGCAUGCUGGUGCCUCUGCUGGCAUCUGCUGGACACCCCACAUGUAACAUUGAAUCCUGGGGUGACAGUGGGGCUAUCCGGGCCCAGUCACCGAUGCCCAGCCCAGCCACACCCUGCCCAGAAGAGCUGACUGCCUCCCAGCUCGCCUCCCUGUGCACUGAGCUGGCUGCCGAGAUGGAUUCCCAGGAGGACCUCCGUGCCCUACUGGCAAAAGCCCUCUCCCAGGGCCAAGUGAAGGCAGCCCUGAACCAGGCCCUGUCCAAGAAAGUUCUGGGCUCCACGAUGGCCAAGGCCCUGCCCCAGGGCAUGCUGGGCGCAGCGCUGAUGAAAGUGCUAUCCUGGGGCGAGCUGGGCCUUGCGCUGUCCCACACCCUGUCCCCCAGCGAGCUGCGGGCAGAACUCACCAAGGCCAAGCAGGGGAAACUGGUGGACGUGCUCAGCAAGGCCCUGACAGAGGAGGAGUGGGCUGCCCUGAGCCAGGCCCUGUGUCAGGGGGAGCUGGGCGCUGUCCUGAGCCAGUCUGUGUCUCAGGCGGCCCUGAGGACUGGUGUUGUCCUCCCUAAGGCCGCCUCGAAAACAGCAGGAAACAGGAUGACUGUGUUCCCAGCCCCGGUGGAGGUGGACCACAGGGGGAGCCCAUCGACCGCAUGGGGGCCUGCCCUAGGCCACGUGAGACCACAGCCCAGCAAGGGCCCUGUGGAUGCUGGCAUAGCUGGUGGCCAAGCAUGGAACUCGGCCGUCCCCAGUGUAGCCGUCGGGCCCAUGACCAGCGCCGCAGCCCCCGGUGGCCCCUGGAAUCUGGCCAGGGCUUCUGUGCCCAGGGACACUGCGGGUAGAGAGGCAGCAGAGGAUCCCAGACCGUCGGGGGAGCUGGUGACGUCGAUGCAGGCUGUGGAGAAGAUAAUCAUCCAUGCCGUGGUCACCAUCCAGGCGUGUGCCCGCGGCUACCUGGUGCGCCGAACCAUCAAGGUGUGGCACCGGUGGGCCAUCAUCAUCCAGGCCGUCUGGCGUGGCUACCGUGUGCGGCGGGACUUGGCCCGGCUCUCUCAAGCUGCCACCACCAUCCAGGCCAUGUGGCGAGGCUUCUGCACCCGCCAGAACCAAACCCAGGCAACAUUGCUCCCAGGCGUGUGGACCAAGACGGACAGCAGGACCAAGUCCAUGUCGGACCACCGCUGCUUCCAGUCUUGCCAGCCGCACGUCUGCCCCCUCUGCCAGUCCCUGAGCCCCAGGCUGGGGAGCCCGCCCAGCGUGGUGAUGCUCGUGGGGUCCAGCCCCCGCACGUGCCACAUGUGUGGCCACACCCUGCCCACUCGGGUGGUGCACGGCAUGGGCCGGGGCUCCAGGGUCCAGGCUGGCAUGCCGUGGGCCUGCGGUACCCCGAUAGCCUCCUGGAGCCCCCGGCAGUCCCGUUGCCAGCAUAAGGCAGCCAUGGCCAUCCAGUCGGCCUGGAGGGGCUUCACAGUGCGCCGCCAGCUGAGGCAACAGCAGAUGGCUGCCAGGAUGCUCCAUGCCACCCAGUGCGGCCACCACACCCGGGCCUCCCUCACUACGGAUGAGCUCUUGGGACCAGCAGCAUGGGACAACUCGCAGCACAUGCAGUGGCCAGGCGUCUAG